AUGAUGAUCAACAGUUGCAUCAGAUGGAGGAGCAAGAAGCAACGAACGGUGGCACUAUCAUCAACGGAAGCAGAGUACAUGGUUCUAUCGGAGGCUACACAAGAAGCAGUUUGGUUGAGGGUGUUCCUGUACGAACUUGGUGAGAUGACAAGUAACCACGCUGUCAAGAUCUUCGAGGACAACCAAGGAUCGAUCGCAUUAGCCAAGAACCCAGAAUUUCACAAACGCACCAAGCACAUCGACAUUCGCUACCAUUUUGUUCGUGAAAAGGUUGCUGAAGGACAAGUGGUGCUAGAAUACUGCCCUACUAAGGGCACGAAGGCCGAUGUAAUGACCAAGUCGAUCACCGUCGUCCAGUUCCAGAAAUUUCGGACCAUGUUGGGUAUCAAGGCGCCACGAUCUGCCGAGGCGGGUGGGAGUGUUGUAAACGAUACGCCUCGGCAUGACGUUUCAGAAAAGUGUUCUGUAGCUCAGCCGGUUUGGUAUGGCAGUACCAUCCCAAAGGUCACUGGUUCGAUACCGGUGGGGCGUGCAAAAAAAAAGUUAAGCCUUCGGGAUCUGGUGUUUGGGGUGUACCAGCACUGUCCUGUCAGACAGUGA